AUUCAUGCUUAUUAGAUCACUCAGUCUUCUGCUCACUGUCGGAAGUCAAAUCAAAAUUAAUAGGCAGAAACAGUCAUACAUCCUCUUGUUCAGACUUUUGGAAAUUGGUCAGCAGAUCUCAGAGCAACAUACGAAACAACUCCUUCCUUAUUUGAGCUGACAUAUGUGACAACACAUUUGCAGUAAUGAGCAAAACUUUGACCCCUGUUCACGCAGGGUUAAAAAUUAUUUGGUGUAAAUAUCGUUAGCCGCUAACUUUAUUCCAAUUUGUCUUAAAAAAAUGCCAUAAAAUGCAAUCUCACGUUGAUGUCUGUUUCAUCCCUUUUUCUUAGAUAGCAAGUCUUGACUUCUUCUGCAGGAUGUCGGCUUUCAACUGCUCGUUCCAAAAUGGUGUUUGGCCAUGUCCUUCGGGGGAAGAGUGUUUCAACCUGACCCCGGGCGUGCACGGGAGCCACGUCGCUCUGGAGGAUGCAUGUCUGACCGAAGAGGAGUACCUGGAGAGAUGCCUGGGGCCCCGUCGAUCGCCUGUGUUCCUCCCCGUCUGCGUGGUCUACCUGCUCAUCUUCCUGGUGGGUGUGGUGGGGAAUGUGCUGACGUGCACCGUCAUCACGCGCAACAAAGUCAUGUGGACGCCGACAAACUACUACUUGUUCAGCUUGGGGGUGUCUGACCUGCUGGUGCUGCUGCUCGGCAUGCCAUUGGAGCUGUACGAGCUGUGGCAGAACUACCCCUUCCUCCUGGGAAACGGCGGCUGCUACUUUAAAACGUUCAUAUUCGAGACCGUGUGUUUCGCGUCCAUCCUCAACGUGACGGCGCUGAGCGUGGAGCGCUACAUCGCCGUGGUGCACCCUCUGCGCGCCAAGUACGUCGUGACGCGCACCCACGCCAAGCGGGUCAUCCUUACAGUGUGGGGCGUGUCGGUGUUGUGUGCUUUGCCAAACACAAGUCUGCAUGGAGUAACAUUUCUUUACAGUUGCUCCACCGGUUCUUCGGGGAACAUCCCAGUGGAAAUCCCCGGCUCGGCGAUCUGUACGCUGGUGAAACCGCAAUGGAUCUACAACGUGACCAUCCAGGUGACCACCUUGCUGUUUUUCAUGCUGCCCAUGCUCACCAUCACUGUUCUCUACAUGCUCAUUGGGCUGCAGCUGAGGCAGGAGAAGAUGCUUCAGUUGGAGGCGAAGAAAGGCUUUGGAGAGGACAGCUUCUGUAUCGUCAGAACGCAGCUGCAGAGGGCACGCCGCCGGCAGGUCACUAAAAUGUUAUUUGUUUUAGUGGUGGUUUUCGCGAUCUGCUGGGCCCCGUUUCACACCGAUCGUCUCAUGUGGAGUUUCAUCAGCGACUGGACUAACAACCACCUGGAAAUAUUCCAGUAUGUGCACAUCAUCUCGGGAGUUUUUUUUUACCUUAGCUCAUCGGUCAACCCAAUCCUAUACAACCUCAUGUCCACGCGCUUCAGAGAAAUGUUCAAGGAGGUCAUGUGCCAUCGUCCUCACCACAUCGGCCCCAGAACGCACUCACUCAGCGGGACCCAGGUGACCCUCCGCAGCACCCUGAGUGAUGUGCCACUCAGCAACGGCGCUGCUGUUGCUGAAGCAGAGGCAGAAGAUGGAAGGAUCACAGAUGAAACCGUUUUUUCAUGCUAAAUACUUUUUUUAAAAGGUAUUUGAAAGGGGAGAUGUUUGAUGUUUGUAGGAUGGUUCUAUUCUGAGCGACUAUAUCCAUCUACUCUCACUAACAUCUACCGCAGGUGCAUCAGCUAACCUUGAAUAGUCUGCCGGAAGAUCUCCAUAAAAACCAAGGCUGCCAGCAGGCAAGUUUAAAAAUGUUGGCAUGAAUAAGGUCCAUGGCAGAAAGAGGAUGAACGGUAAUUAUAUACAUAAUUACUUAAAAUUUAGAAAAGAUUUGUGAAACACACAUGUAUGAAUUAACAAUAAACAAAGAUUUCUAGGUAAACUAUUUUCAUUAAUUAAACUAAAAAACAAGCAUUUGGAAAAAGAGUAAAAAAGGGAAAGGAAAUUAUGGAUGCUAGAACAUCAUGCAAAAGUGAUGGUGUUUUAUUACUUAUACUGCUUCUAUAAUCGUCAAUGGUGUGAGUUCAGUCAAACUGUAUGUGCAGUAAUUACUUAUAUCAAUAUCAGUUAUACUAUAAGUGUCAAAGAUCACUUGCAUGGUUCUGUACUAUAUUGAACUUCAUAUUGUUCGAAGUUGUAUUCAGAUGUUAUUGAUUACCAUGGAAAAUAAUUUUAGUCGGAAAUAUUGAUCAUUUAAAGCAGCUUUGGUAUUUGCUGUCACUGCAGAAAAAGUACAUACUGUUUUGUAUAAUGUACGAGUGGCCCUCAUUAACAGUAUGACGAACAUAAAGUAAAGAUGCUUUCAACACGAUGGACUAGGAUUCCAGUAUUAGCUUAGUACUGCAUUAACUGACAGCAACUGUAUGUGUGCUAAACCAACCAUAAAAACGGUUUAACAAAA